UCAGAUCUGUUAAUAUAUGUCAAUACUAACAUGAAAGUUGGACGGGGUGCUCUUAUUGUGGUUGAAGGUUUAGAUAGAAGCGGUAAAACAACGCAAUGUCAGAAGUUAAUCACCGCACUCAAUGAAAAGAACCAAAAAGUGAAAUUACUCAAAUUUCCAGAUAGAACAACAGAGAUUGGUAAAACCAUCAACAGCUAUUUGGUGAAGAAAUCCAAUUUAGAUGAUCGAGCUAUUCAUCUGUUAUUUUCCGCCAAUCGAUGGGAGAAGCGAUCUGAAAUGUUACAAGAUCUAAAUGAUGGAGUUACUCUCAUUGUGGACAGAUAUGCUUACUCUGGUGCUGCAUUUUCUGCUGCAAAGAAGGGUCUUGAGUUAGAUUGGUGCAAAUCCCCGGACAGCGGAUUACCCCAACCUGAUCUCGUUCUUUUCCUUGAACUCAGUACGUCAGUUGCCGCCACACGAGGGGGUUAUGGAGAAGAGCGUUACGAAACAACUGAGUUUCAGAAAAAAGUUGCGCUAAAUUUUCAUGGACUAAAGACAGAGGAAUGGAAGGUAAUUGAUGCUGGACGAGACAUGUUUGAAGUUCACCAGGAUAUGUUAUCGUUUGUUGAAAAAACAAUGGAAAAAGUAAAACUCCAGCCUGUUGGAACUUUGUGGACGUAACAACUGAAUGUGUGAUGUCAUAAUUAAACUUCUGCAAUUACAAACACAUCUGCAUUGCUGAAAUUUUCCUAAAUAUAUUGUUAAUGUUGUGUUAUAGGUGCCUAUCUUUUGGAAAAUCAGGAUGUUCUUUAGACCAUAUCCCAUAUUAGUACAUGUUUAAUUUCUGCACCAUCACCAAUUUAUUUUAUUCCAUAGCAUGUAUGCAUACCGAUGUUAAGUGCAUAUAUUUCUCCUAAAAUUUUCCGUCUUAUUAUAAUUGAUGUGCACUGUUGAGUGUUAAUGUUGUGUUUCCCUUAAUUAAUCUAAAGGGCUAGAAUGUAAAUGUUUAAUUUGACAGUGAUCAGAUGGCAUCUAUGAAUUUUUGUGUGUUAUUUAUUUAAUUUACACAAAAUUGAUCAUGAUCAAAAACUCCAAUGUUGUGUAAGUGACAUUGUAAAGCAUGCUAUUUAUUCACUGACCUAAUUGUUUUAUAG